AUGCGUUUAUCCCAAUUCAGCCCGAUUUUCAGGCGAAGCUUUUGUUCUUCUUCUCGGUAUUGCUCAGACUUUUCUCAUGUAGUGAUUGGAGGAGGGGUGGUAGGAACAGCAAUUGCUGCUGAGCUACUGGAAGUUGCUGGCAACAGCGUUCUCCUUGUUGAAAAGAAUGAAGAUUUGGGCAUGGAAACCACCUCAAGGAAUUCGGAAGUGAUACAUGCUGGGUUGUACUACCCUCAACUCAGUCUCAAGGGACAACUCUGUAUCCGAGGAAAGAACAAAAUCUACGAAGCCAAUGACAAGGGACUCUUUCAAGUGGCACUACAGAAGUGCGGAAAGUGGGUAGUUGCACAGAAUGAACUGGAGGAAGCAUAUUUGGAAAAGCUUUAUCAGAAUAGUCGGGAUCUUGGAGUUCCAGUGUCCAUGAUUUCUGCUUCUGAAGCUAAGCGCAAGUAUCCGUUGAUAAGGGCUGAAGCUGGGGCUCUAAAUAGUCCUACAACGGGUAUCAUUUCAGCACAUGAGUUGACAACCUUCUAUCAGAGUAAAGUAGAAAAUAACGAUGGAACAAUUGCCCUUAACACCAGAGUAGUUGACAUUGGCCCUAAUUUGGCCACACCCAACUAUACCUUAAGAUUAGUUGAUAUAGAAGGUUCAGAUAUGGAAGUCACCACUGACAAUGUCGUCAAUUCUGCAGGUCUCUAUGCUCAGAAAAUAGCCAAUCUAGUGCUACCUCCAGAUAGACAGUACCAAAGUUACUUUGCUAAAGGUAGCUAUUUCAGUUUCCAGCCAGAAGUAGCCUUAAGCCACAGCAAGAUCACGGACAAGUUAAUCUAUCCAUGUCCAAACCCCAAUGCUUCAUCUCUAGGUACACAUUUGACACUAGAUUUGGGUGGACAAAUCAGAUUUGGCCCUGACCUCGAAUGGCUUGAUAUAGAGGAUGCUUCUGAGAUAGACUACCGGGCAAGCACAAACAAUUUGGAUGCCGCAUACAAAGCAAUUCAGACAUAUUUUCCUAGCGUGACACCAGGCUCACUUCAACCAUCUUACUCUGGAGUGAGACCAAAGUUAUUGUCGGCAGCAGACAGCAAAAAGCACUUUGCCGAUUUUGUUAUCAAAGAAGAAGAUGGAUUCCCUGGAUUUGUCAAUUUGUUGGGUAUUGAGAGUCCGGGAUUGACUGCCUCUUGGGCUAUUGCUGACUAUGUAAAAGAAAUAUACCAUGGAUAG